AUGGCGGCUCGAUCUCUGUCGAGGCCGGCCGGAGCUAGCAGGCUGAGACACCUACACUCUCAUCAGCAGGCGAAUGCUGCAGCAGCUACUGCUAGCCACCGCUAUGGCCUUUUUCGCAGGGUCCUACCUCCGUCAGAGAUUGACUGGGAUGUCGUCCCUGCGGAUUACCGUGUCUCUGAAGUUGAUUGGGUCAAAGCUUGUGUCGUCCCUUCGAAUGACUGGGUCGCUGACGUUGAUUGGGUUGAAGCCGGUGUGGUCUCUCCGGUUGUGAGGAAUCAAAGCCAUUGUGGCUGUUGUUGGGCGAUGGCUGCUGCAGCCUCAGUUGAAGCUAUGCAUUACCUCAAGACCUCCAAGUCAAUCUCACUAUCUGUUCAAGAGCUCAUCGACUGUGACACAAAGAGCAAAGGGUGUGACGGCGGCCUCAUACAGAAUGCUUUAAGGUAUGUACAAGAAAAUGGGCUCUCAAGUGAACCCCACUACCCAUACAAGGGUGAGAGGAGUAUAUCGGGUUGCAAGCAGAAUAAAGUAGCAGCAACAUCAAGGAUAUCUGGGUUUCGAUUUGUCGGCCCAACCGAGGAUGCUCUAGAGAAAGCGGUAGCUAGGCAGCCUGUGGUUGUCAGUUUGCACUGUUCCGAUGGCCUGAUGAGGUACUGCAAAGGAGGCAUCGUGGAUUAUGAACCUGUCAGCGGCAUGACCAACGAGGAACACUAUGUCCUGAUUGUUGGUUAUGGCACCGAUUCCAAUGGCGUCAAAUACUGGCGCUUCAAGAACUCGUGGGGACCAAACUGGGGCGAAGGGGGGUUUGGGAGGAUCCGCAGGCAUGUUAAAGACAAACGAGGAGCGUUGGGUAUUUUCCUGAAACAAGGAGUAUAUCCGGUGCUUAAGGACUGA